AUGACAGUUGAUAAAAACAAACUAGACGAGCUAGUCAAGUCUUGGUUAUCUAUUGAUAUGAAUCCAGAAUCAAGACAUGAAAUCGAGCAGUUACACAUUAGUGGGAACUAUGAACAAUUGGAUAGAAAGUUGUCAAAGAGAAUUGCGUUCGGAACUGCUGGGUUGAGAUCGUCAAUGGAGUCGGGGUUUUCACACAUGAAUGACGUUACUGUGCUCCAAGCUUCCCAAGGGUUGGUCAAGUAUUUAUUGAAAAAGACACCAACAUCAAUUGUAAUUGGAUACGAUCACAGAUUCAAUUCUCAAAGAUUUGCAGAGAUCUUAGCCAGUGUUGCACUCACUCAAGGUGUGCACGUUUAUUACUUGGGGUCAGUUGCAAACUUGUCUGAAGAAACAAUGAAAUUGACUAAAGGUGAUAUUGAAAACGAUAGUUCAACAGAUAGAGGAUAUGUCCAUACGCCAUUGGUUCCAUUUGCAAUUGAUUACUAUGGAGCAUCGGGUGGAGUGAUGAUCACUGCCUCUCAUAAUCCAGCAAAUGACAAUGGUUAUAAAGUAUAUUAUCUGAAUGGGUGUCAGAUUAUUCCGCCAGUUGAUAAAGAAAUAGCUGACUCUAUUGAAGAAAAUUUGACCCCAUGGGAGGGUGUUUGGGAUGUGUAUGAUAAUAUCAAGAAGGGGGUACAAAAGGGAUUAUUGUCACUUGCUGGAGAUGAGGUUACAAAAGAGUAUCUUAAGGGAGUGAAAGAGAAGUUAAUUCAAGACAACAAUUUAGAUUUCAGUUUUGUUUACACACCAAUGCAUGGAGUUGGGUACAGAAUAUUCAAAGAGUGUCUUGAUUUAUUCCAUGCCCUGACUUGGAAUGUGGUUCAAGAACAAGCAGACCCAGAUCCUACUUUCCGAACUGUUAGUUUCCCUAAUCCUGAAGAAAAGGGUGCUCUUGAUUUGGCUAUUGAAACUGCCAGAAAAUUGGGUUACAAAUUGGUUCUCGCUAACGACCCAGAUGCUGAUAGAUUCAGUGUUGCGGUCGAGACCAAGGGACAGUGGAAUCAAUUGACUGGUAACGAAAUUGGGUUUUUGUUUGCAAUGUAUGUGAUUGAACAACAAAAGGAACAAGAUUUGGACCGUGUAUAUUUGGUGAACUCAACAGUAUCGUCACAAAUACUUAAGGCAAUGGCUGAUAAGGAUGGGUUCCAUUUUCAAGAUACGUUAACAGGGUUCAAAUGGAUUGGAAAUAAAGCAAUUGACUUACAAAAAGAGGGAUUUAAGGUUCCGUUUGGAUACGAAGAGGCUAUUGGAUUUAUGUUUGACUUGGUGCAUGAUAAAGAUGGUAUUUCGGCUGCUACAAUAUUUUUGCAAUUGUAUCAGAAAUGGUUUAGUGGUGGCAAAAUAGAUGUUACAGAUAAAUUAGAAGCUGGGUAUGCUAAGUAUGGUUGGUUUAAAGAUUACAAUGGUUAUUACAGACUAGCAGACAUGUCAACAUUAGAUAAAAUAUUUACCAACAUCAGAGGCUCCUUUGAUAGUAAAUCCCCAGAAAAUAUUGGCGAAUUCAAAGUAACUAGUUGGCGUGAUUUAACAAUUGGAUACGACUCGUCUACUGUCGAUCACACUCCCGUUUUACCUGUUGAUUCAAGUUCACAAAUGAUAACAGCCCUGUUGAAGUUACCAGGUAAUGACAAUGCAGUUGUAAGAUUUACUUGCAGAGGGUCUGGUACCGAGCCAAAGUUAAAAUUGUAUAUUGAAGGGAAAUCUACUAUCAAUGAACAGAGUGCUAAAGAAAUUGCUGUUAAAUGUUGGGAGACCUUAAAACAAGAAUGGUUUCAACCGGAGAAAUAUAAUUUGACAGAAGUUAAACCGUAA